UUUCAGCACCAAAAUGUCAAAACCCAUUCUAUAUAUGGCCACAUUGAGCCCUCCCUCUCGGGCUGUUAUGCUGACUGCCAAGGCUAUUGGUUUGGAACUGGAAUACAAACCCAUAAAUUUACUCAAGGGAGAACACUUGACACCCGAGUUCAUUAAAAUGAAUCCGCAACAUACCAUACCCACCCUCGUGGAUGGUGAUGCCAUUAUUUAUGACUCCCAUGCCAUCUGUUGUUAUUUGGUUGAAAAAUAUGCCAAAGAUGAUCAGCUAUAUCCCAAAGAUUUGCUCAAACGUGCCCAAGUUGAUGCUCGACUCCAUUUCGAUUCGGGACAUUUAUUCGCACGUCUACGUUUCCUUUACGAACCGAUAUUAUAUUACGGUUCUACAGAUUGUUCCAUUGAUAAAAUUGCUUAUAUACAAAAAUGUUGGGAAAUUAUGGAAGGUUUUCUGGCAGACCAUCCCUAUGUUUGUGGUGACCACUUGACAAUUGCCGAUUUCUGUUGUGUUGCCACAAUUACAUCGGUUAAUGAUGUGGCACCAAUUGAUGAAUUUAAAUUUCCGAAAUUUUUGGCAUGGUUGAAACGUUUGUCGGAAUUACCCUACUAUAAGGAUACCAAUGAAGAGGGUGCUGAAGAAUUGAAGAGAAUUUUCAAAGAGAAAUUAGCUGAAAAUCGAGGUGCAAAAUAA